AUGUCCAACUCCGCCGUCGUCCACUUCGAACUCGAGUGCUCGCCGAUCGAUGAGGAUGAGCUCCCCUUCGAUCGCGCAAUCUACUCCGACAUCGUCUCCGCCGGAGGGCACGAGUGGCGGAUGGCCUGCACGCCGGAAGACGUGGACGGCUUCGUGUCCGUGUGCCUGGAGCUCAUCAGCGAUGGUAAGAACUUCGUCACGGUCAUCUUUGACGCCGCCAUUACGGGCAGCGACCAGGUUGUCGGGCCGUCGUGCUUCUCGCGUCGGAGGACCGUGCUUGUCUACAGUAACCAUAGACCCGGCGAGUACGAGCGGUCGGGAUUCGCCCGGUUCAUCCACCGGGGCGACCUCGGCGAGUACGCCUGGAGCAAUGGCCGGGUCACGGUCAUGUGUGCUGUCUCUGUUCUCGACGGCGAUACGCCCACAUCGAUCGCCGAAGCGCCGCCGUUGCAGGAGAAGAAGGGCAUAGCCGUGCUGCUCUCUGAAAUAGGAGAUCAACUCGGUUGCCUGCUGCUUGAUUCCGCCGCCUUGUCGGACGUGUCGUUCGUCGUGGGCGGCGACGAGGCGCCGCCGCUGCGUGCCCACCGUGCUAAUCUCGCCGCACGGUCACCGGUCUUCAAGGCGCAGUUCUGCGGCCACAUGCUCGAGGCCAACACCGACGCGCCGUCGCUGAUCAUCACGGUGCCCGACAUGGACUCUGAGACGUUCAAGACGAUGCUCCGGUUCAUGUACACGGACAACCUGCCCGCCGGUCUUGGACACGACGACGAAGGCGAGGACGAGGCGCUCCUGUCUCUUCUUGCCGCGGCAGAUCGGUAUGCCCUUGACAGGCUGAAGCUUUUGUGUGCGCUGAAGCUGCUACAGAACAUGACGGUCGACACGGUCGCCACCUUGUUGGACUGUGCCGAAACAUACAACUGCCCGGAUCUGAAAACCAUGUGCAUCGAGUUCGUCCUGGACGACGAAAAUUUCGACAAGGUCGUACUCACCGAUUCUUUCAUCGACCUGGUGGUGACACGAUCCCCGUUGUUACUUGCUGAAAUGAGAAACAUUGCCUGGGACAUACAGUAA